AGACCAUGGUUCCAUCAAAGAACCUACACGAACGAUGAUGACGCCAACACCGCCAUCCAUUUUAGCGCCGACUCAUUCAACGACAAACUCAUCUUCUAACACAGACUGCGGCCCUCCAAUGAUGCCAGACCAUGCGAUCGCGUCAACAAUCAAUGGGACCGUGUACCAGUCCUUUGUGGAGUUUACCUGUGAGGAAGGAUACACUCUACAAGGAGAUAAUAUAUCAAAGUGUUUGGAAAGUGGAAAGUGGAAAGCGUUCAAUCUUAGUUGUUCAAUAAAUGACUGCGGUCAACCAAAGAUACCCGACCAUGCCCUUAAACUUACAACCAAUGGAACAGUGUUUCAGUCAUUUGCGUCGUUUAGCUGUGACACAGGAUACAAACUUUAUGGAGAUAAUCAUUCUCAGUGUUUGGAGGAUGGCCAGUGGGAGCCAUUCAACUUUAACUGUUCGAAAAAUGACUGUGGUCAUCCAACGCUACCAGAGCAUGCAAGAGUAGACACUUCCAAUGAGACAGUAUAUCAGUCCAUUGCUAUGUUUAGCUGUGAUGCAGGAUACACCCUUCAUGGCGACAAUACUUCUCGUUGUUUGGAAAGUAGUCAAUGGGAGGGGUUCAACUUUACUUGUUCAAUAAAGAAUUGUGGCUCUCCAAAAUUGCCAGACUAUGCGGCCCCGGCAAACCACAACGGAACGAUAUAUCAGUCUUUUGUUCAGUUUAGCUGUGUUAGAGGAUAUACCCUCCAUGGAGAUAACAGUUCUCAGUGUUUGGAAAGUGGCCAGUGGAAAAGAUUCAACUUUAGCUGUAUAAUAAAUGAUUGUGGAUCAACUGUACAUAUAAGUAACGGUCAAACCAACUUUUCAAAUGGUUCAACGUUUUUGUCAGAAAUUUCGUUCCAGUGUGAUACAGGUUAUGACUUGAUCGGAAACGACACAUCGGUGUGUACAGCUGACAAAACUUGGCAACCACCCUUGCCCAUUUGUAAAAUUAAAGAUUGCGGUCAACCCCCUGCCCUGGAGAACGGCAGUGUAAAUGUCACGUCUACAACUUUUAACCACAGCGUCAUUUACUUGUGCCACCCUGGCUAUACAACAGAGAACGCUACAAGGAUCAGCUGUACAUCGGAGGGAGUCUGGGAUAAGAGUCAACCGACGUGCACAGAUGUGGACGAAUGUUCGGGAAGUAACGAGUGUCACUACGGCGCCAAAUGCACCAACCUGAUUGGUACCUACGAGUGCACUUGUGCAGAAGGUUAUACAGACCCGGACGGAAACAGAGGACGGCGUUGUAAAGAUAUUGACGAGUGUGCUUUUGUCGGGGAUUUCUUCUGUAAGAGUAACUGGAACCAGACUCGCUGGUGUACUAACACAGAUGGCAGCUACUACUGUAGCUGUAACCGGGGAUGGACGGGCAGAAAAUGCGAGAAUGAUGUUUAUGAAUGCGACGGUGGAAAUCCAUGUGGUCAGAAUGCGGAUUGCACCAACACAGUCGGGUCUUAUAACUGCAGCUGUCGACCAGGAUAUCCGCAAGGAAACCCUUUCCAUGGAUGUUAUAGUCCUGUACUGCUCACAUUUAACUCAAAGGCCGAGAUAGAUGGUGUACGCGGAGACAACGAGAUACUCCCUCCUGUAAACAUCCCCGGUGGCAGGUUCCCCUACCUCGGACAAUACUUUGAUCUUUUCAGGCCAAGUUUAAACGGAUUUCUAGCACUUAACUAUCCACCGCUAUAUGAAGCCUACGGCGCGGAGAAUUCUACACUGUGGGCCCGAUAUGUCGAUAAUCAUGUGGUAAUUGCCCCUCUCUGGACAAACCUCGACUCAAGGAAUAUUACCGGCGCAGGUGUAUGGGUCCAUAUGUUUUCCAACAGCACUGGAAAUAGGAGUGACAUCCUCAAAAUACAAGAGCAUGUUCGGAAAUAUCCAAACAACAGCGAGUUCAAUGCGAGCGUCGCAUUUGCCGUGACUUGGAAACAUGUCACCAUACAUUCACCAUUCAUGCCCGGAUACAGACUCUACGAGCACCAGAACCUGUCCAUGCAGGCGAUUGUGGUUACUGACGGCCUGUACACAUACCUUCUAUUCAACUACGAUCAGGAGGAGUUCAGCAUCAAACCCGACAGAUACACGCCAGUAGCCGCCGGAUACACUUUCCCUGGAGACUUUACCGGAAAGAUUCUCGCUAACAGAUCCAAUUUCAACGACCUUAAGACAGGUUCAAACUUAGGUAAUCUGACGGGCCAGUGGGUCCACAACGUAACCAAAAUUACUCAGAAUAUGUGGGAUGAAGUGAGAUGCCGAAAGUUUCACGAAAACGAGGCGCUCCGGAAUUGGACGCGGGAACAGCAGGUCAACGCCUACCCCUGUCCCUGCUAUGAGCAAGACAUGAAAGAGGACUACACGUUCAAACAGAACAACUCCAUACACCCAAACAUUGACCAGUAUACCAACUGCUACGAGUCGUGGUUCUUCAAUCCAUAUGAGAUCAGGCAACGGUGCUGCUACAGGUUUGGUGCGCUCGCUUCCAAAUAUCCAGGCGGUAUAGGGGCCGAGUACCAGAACAAAACACUAAACGAUGUUUUGGAGACCGGUUUUCGGCAGUGCUGCUCUGCAACGAACAGCCGGCGGUACUGUCACCUCUACUAUGACAUCAACCCGCCGGACGACUGCUCCAGUUGGUCCCCCGACGACGAGCCGACGGACGGUGUUGUCGGGAAGACAAUAAAAACAGUGACUUCCUUCUUGGGCUUUGAUUAGAAAAUAUACUUUGCCACUGUCACUCUGCCAUUGUUUAUGAUUCAUUGUAUGCAAAUUAUUGUGUAAAUAGUUGCCCGUUUGACAUAACCUUCUGGGCCAUUGUGAUUGCGUUACCAG